AUGUAUCCUGGCCAGUUGCCCGGUCUCAAGCGUGAGGAGUCUGUGAGACUCCAUGUCAACGAAAGACGACUACCGACUCCUGUCAAUCACUUGAACACUCUUCGACCUCAACCUCCGGGCCCUCCCAGUGCUCGGGCUUUGCCCUUCACGAUGUAUCGCUCAGAAGUUUCGUCGGGGAGAUUAUCACUAUCAGCCACUCACGGUUAUUUGGACUAUAUCCAGUCUCCGGUCUCUGAGCCCUCCACUUCAUGGGCUCUUCCCACGGGAGUUCAACGCCUGCUGGGCUCUACUGGGUCGAUGUCGAUGUCUGUAUCUGUAUCUGCACCUCAUCACAGCUUGAACUCCAGUCAGCCUUUUGUUUCGGGGUCAUCUGCUUUGUGGGCUACCGUGGUACCCUUCACCCAUGGUUCUGCCGCCCCGGUUCCUCAACCAACGCAGGGUAAUCACUCGCACUCUGCUCAGCCUUUGGGCUGGGGGGUUUCUGCAUCGCGGGCCUCAGACGUUUCCCACUCGCAGGGCUCUUCAGUGCCUAUACCUCAACGCGUAUUUGACUAUUACCAUCACACUUUUCCACAACGCAGCCUCAUGUCCCAGGCCCGGCGAGCUGUCAAACGAAAAGCGCAGAAGCUCUCUUCCCCGGCAAACAUCUCUCAUUUUCAAAACACGUUUCGAAGCUCUUCUAUCGCAAGUGGUUAUGCCUCGAGCCUUCACGACGGUGGUUCGGAUGAACACUCCUCAUCACUCGUUGGCCGAACAACUUCCGACACAGCAACCUUCACCACGGGCUCACCAUCUCCGGAGGGAGAGCUGAAAAUCAUCAUGGAAGACCCUCAGAACGGACACCUACACCGUGAAAAGAGAAUCCGGACUCAAGAGGAGCUUGACGACCAGAAAGAAGGCAUGCGAGUCUUGAAGGACAACGGCGGAGCCUGUCAGGCAUGCUACAAGAGUAAGAAACGAUGUGGACCCGGUGAUCCUUGUCCCCCUUGUGCUGCACGCAAUCGCGAGUGCAUUAGAUCCGAUCGAAACGAUGGUGAGACUGUGUCUGCUGGUGGCCAGCCUACAUCCGCGUCCGCUCCCGCGCAACCUCUAUCUACAUCUUCACAAUUUGUCUCGACGUCUUCUCAAUCUUCCUCUUCACAUACUGAACCUAGCUCUCUGAUCGAUCGUCCCAGUCGUCCCGAGGACAUACCGACGGAGAUGACCUCGAAUGAAGACCCACCGGCCUUGGGCUGCGACCUGCUUGAGGAUUACUUGGACCCAUUCUUAAUUGAUCCCUGGCAGGAUGGUAUGAAUUGUAUCGACAGCGCCUACGACAAUGUCAGCUAUCAUUGGGUUGGCACAGGUGCCAAUGGCCAUCUCACAAUUUAG